AUGGCUUUGAGUGCUCCGAACGGCUCCACCACGCGGUCUGACGAGUCCACUCCCGGCGUCCCGACGCCUUCUCCCUGGCCCACACUGAGUCUAGAGCUGGACGCCGCGGCGGCCUGGGGUCGCAAACUCUACCCCCCAGGGGCAACCCCGACUCGAACCGGAGCCGGACUGAUGUUCGGUCUCCAUCAUCACCAAGAUCCUGGUACGGGGUUGCACCAUCAUCAACCCAGAGGUCCCAGUCUCAAAGAGGAACCUUUGGCCAGGGGAUGGAUGCAGGGCGGAGUUGCUGAUCCAAAUGGGUCUAUAGUUGGUAGGGCUCACUUCGAAAAGCAACCACCAUCAAACUUAAGAAAAUCCAACUUCUUCCAUUUUGUGAUAGCCCUUUAUGACAGGGCGGGUCAGCCUAUUGAAAUUGAAAGGACCGCAUUCAUUGGGUUCAUCGAAAAAGACCAGGAAGCAGAUGGACAAAAAACGAAUAACGGUAUUCAGUACAGGUUGCAGCUUCUUUUUGCAAAUGGAGUCAGGCAGGAGCAGGAUAUCUACGUCAGGCUUAUCGACUCCGUUACGAAACAGGCUAUUAUCUACGAAGGACAAGACAAAAAUCCCGAAAUGUGCCGAGUAUUGCUCACCCAUGAAAUCAUGUGCAGUCGAUGCUGUGACAAGAAGAGCUGUGGUAACCGAAACGAAACUCCCUCAGACCCUGUGAUAAUUGACAGAUUUUUUCUAAAAUUCUUCCUCAAGUGCAAUCAAAACUGUCUAAAGAAUGCCGGGAAUCCCAGAGACAUGAGACGCUUUCAGAGCUAA